AUGGCCACGAACUCUUUCCUUGCAGGUAACGGCUCGCAGAUGGUUUCGCUGGAAAGCAUCCGCCUCUUCCCUUGUCCAGUAUGUCCUAAGCUGUUCCCCAGUCGGUUCAACCUUCUAGAACACACGCGCACCCACACUGGAGAGAAACCAUUCAAGUGUAAAGGCAAGUCGGCGACUUCGCUGAGUGGCAUCCGUCACUUCCGGUGUCCAGUGUGCCCUAAGCUGUUCCCCAGUCGGUUCAGCCUCCUGGAACACUCGCGUACACACACCGGGGAGAAACCAUUUAAAUGUGACGUGUGCGAGUACAGGUCGGCCAAGAACGGAAACCUGACCAGACACAUGCUUAUAGUGCACAAUUCCAUUCAGUAA